CUGGCUAAACCGAGGCUGCUCUCAUUCUCGGGUUCCUCUUGGUGGAGCUUAUUAUGCAGUCCACGUGAGAACGGUUACGAAGCUCUGAUGAGAUCUGCUUACUUGAUGUGUUAAUUUCAGCUGCAUUCUACUCUUCCUAGUACGAUGGCUGACAAGAAUAAACAAACGAGUCUGAAACAAAGUUUAAGUCGCAGUGAUGCAGGCCAUGGUCAGACCAUUAAAAAGGCAAAUAAAACUCGUGCCAUAACAAAAGGGAUGGCCACGUUGGACGAAAACAGGUCUGACGACGAAGAGGAUGCUUUGGAAAUGGAGAGAAACUUCGCGUUAUUCAGUAAAAGAAGUGUAAUGCCAGCGCCAGAAGACGGGAAGGGUGAAGAGGAAAUGAGUCCUGGGGCUUUGGACGAUGAACAUGUUGAGGAUGACGAUGAUAUUGUGAAAGAACGGUACACAAAGAGUAGUGGUGAUAUGAGUGGGCCAGAUGAUGAUUCUGAUAACUAUGCAAGAGACUCAAGACCAUUGGAGGAUAACGGCACAACUGCGAAGUUACACACAAGUGAUGAGUUACAAAGAGGACUGUCAGCACUGUCUUUUGAGGAGAUUAUAAGGCUGCAAAACAAAGUGGGGACUAAGGCAUAUAAUAAGAUUGCUUACGGGACAAUGAAGAACAAACAGACCGCAGAACCUAUAAAACGACUGAACAAACACAGACCCGAUGAAAUUUCUGCUAAAAAAUCAGUUCCUUUUCUCAGAAAAGUUGUGCCUGUUAAGAAAACUAUCUUAAGGGAUCCUCGUUUUGAUGACCUAUCUGGUGACUUCAGACCAGAAGUGUUCAAGCAGACCUACAAAUUCAUUGAUGAAAUCAGACAACGAGAAGCACAGACGGUGAAGAAAAAGCUGAAGAAAGUAAAAUCAGAUACUAAAAGAGAAAAAUUGAAAUUGUUGCUUAAGAGAAUGGAGAACCAAGAGCGUGCCCAGAAAAAACAGGAGCAACAGAGGGAGAAGGAACUUCAGUUUAAGAGGAAACAGAGAGAACUAGUAGGACAGGGGCACAGACCUUUUUACUUGAAGAAAUCUGAAAAGAAGAAGUUGGAAUUGGCUGAGAAGUACAAUGAACUGAAAAAGAGUGGGAAGCUGGAGAACUUCUUGAGCAAGAAACGGAAACGCAAUGCCAUUAAGGAUCGCAAGAAGCUGCCGUAUCAGCAUAAGAAAAACUGAAAAUGGACCACUUAAGACAUCUGAAUGCAACCCUUAUGCCUGUUAUCGGACAGCCUUUGUGUGACAUGAUACAGAUUCCUGAAUGUAGAGACUGGACUGAGAAAUAAUGUUCCCUGCACAACAGUGUGUUAUGAGACAAGGACCUUGUGUGAUGACAUUGUGUUUUCUAGUGAGAACUGUGCAAAAUACAGUAUUUUGAUAGUCUCUGCUUAUGAUAAAUUGUGAAAAAGAACAGAGUAUUUGGAUUCUUUUGGAUCAUUUUAAUGCAUCAUCACUGUUUUAAACCUUGCACUAGAUGGAGCUGUUUAUUGCUGAAUAUAUUAUUACUGAGUAUAUAAUAUUUUGCUAAACUAAGCAUUACAUAUUGUCAGCAGCCACGCAGAUUUCUGAUUUUUCCCACAGCACUUGUAGCCCUAUAAUACUGUUUAUAGUAUUAGAUCUUGGAUGAAAGCUAGAUGAGAUGACAGUGUACUUGUGUUUGCUACCCGUGGGAUUUUCUGUUGGUGUUUUACAGGAACAAGAUUGGUACAAACAUAAUGCACAGAUGUUUUGUAUUGGUAUUCCAUAUCAGCAGAUACUUGGGGUCCAAUGCUCAGAGUCAGUACAAAUAUUAAAAAAAUAGGGCCACAAAAAGCUGUUUCAAAGAUUUGCUGUAGUAUAUUGUUAAUGCAAAUCUAAAGUGUGCAAUUGUCUACAUUAUGAACAAUGUAUUUUUGAAUGAAAAGUUAUUAUUACAA